AAUAUUAUCUUUGUGGUUUUUACCAUCAGAUACCCGAUUCACCUGAUUCUCCUGACGCCCAGCAUGCUGAGGACUUUUUAGAGGCUUUAAUAGCAGAAGAACAGGUUAGUAGACUCGCACACAUGUUAUGGUUUUGAGUGAAAGUAAUUUAACAAUAUUGUUCUUUUUGCAAUGUAUUUAGAUUGUAACGUUUUAUUACUAUGGAACAACAAGUUGGUUUUUUAUCGAUUGUAUUGUUAUCCGAUUGCUAAACUGAAGAUCUUUACUAUAAUAUUAUCUUUGUGGUUUUCACCACCAGAUACCCGAUUCACCCGAUUCUCCAGGAGCCCAGCACGAUGAGGACUUUUUUGAGGCUUUAUUAGAAGAAGAAGAAGAACAGCAGUCAUCUGACCCUUGGGAAUUCCCAUCACGCGGUAGCUGCAGACGCAGAACUCCUCCUCCUUCGAGUUCUUCAGAUUCGGUUAGUGGAAUUUUUGUGUGUGUGUGUGUGUGUGUGUGUGUGUGUGUGUGUGUGUGUGUGUGUGUUCAGUGAUCUAGUUUCCGUAAUCUACAGAAUCACACAAUUUUACAGGCAGUCCACGUUGCACUGAUAGACGGACCCCCUCAGGAUGAACCUAUAGAUUUGACUAAUCCAUCUCACCGAGAUCCCAUACCACCAUCACCCGCUGGCGACGGUCCUUGUUCCCGUCAUUGUACCGUAUGUCUUGAAGAAGAUAGGCAGAGACGUCGUAUCGCUAGAUUUUUUCAGGUUGGAAAAUUAGUCUUUAUUGACGCUUUUGCGAUUUGACCGAUUGGUGUGCAAUUGUCCAUGAAAGACUUCUUUUUCUACAGGAGAACCGUGGACAGUGCAAUGGGUUAAGGGUUUCAUCCCACGCUCUCUUCGCGGUGGUACGGGUCCAGAACGAUCUCACGAAUCUGACACGCUACGUGGACCGGUUUCUGCAAUCAGACAUGGAUUUGUUGUUCCUUCAUGCAGAGCGGAUGUGGGAUGUACUGCGUUCAUUCCUGGAAACACUACUCGUGGAAGCUACCGAAAGGGUCCAAACGGAGUUGCAGAGGAUCAGAUUGCAAAGGACUGAAAGGGAACAGGAGUCUGCUAGACUGGUCGUUUGCGUGGUGUGCCAAACUGCACUUCCCACCGUAGCCCUGAGAACUUGCGGCCACGUACUGUGUCCAUCGUGCAGUCACCGCCUCUUCAGGUGUCCUGUAUGCAGGGUUCCAAUUGUCGGUAUCCUGGAUCUCUUCUUCCUGUAGGUGGACCGUUCUUCCCACUAAAUAAGGGAGGGGGGUAUUACAUAGUACACGAGGUGACAACCAGUAUCUCUGGACUGACCAUGCGUACUAUGUAAUACCUUAACCUGGGGGCGUUUCUUUUAACGUCUGGACAGUCCCAAGCCCCUGUCCAUGUGGGAUAACGGUCGUGUAAACCCUGUGUUAGGAAAAUGUGUUUCUUAAAGAGAGAGAACAUUUACGGUCGCACUGUCGCCAUCGCUCUACUAGGGAAGGGAGUGUGGGAGGAGUCGUAUGGCGCGCCGCGCCGCACGCCACCACCACAUGUCACCAUCCGCCAUCGCUCUUUAUCUACUAGGGAAGGGAGUGUGGGAGGAGUCGUAUGCCACCACCACAUGUCACCAUCCGCCAUCGCUCUGGAGUGUGGGAGGAGUCAGGGAGGGGGCUUGCUGCUCUCCCAUUGGUCGCCGUCACGGAGCUCUCGGCCAAUCAGAGGCUUGGGCUAUAGUGG